UCAGAAAUGGCCAGCGAAAAAUAUACACCGGAAAUUCGGGAAUUACUACCCAUAAGGGAGCACAGAUGUAUAAAAUGUCCCAACCUGGUGUUUGGCAACCUCAGUCACUAUCAGUUGCAUCUGCGCCAGCGCCACCAAGAAGUGCUCCAAGCCCCGAAAAGUGGACCAAACAUUGCAUUCCACUGCCCUGUGGAAAAGUGCAUCUACCAUGUCGCCACCAAGGGAGCUCGCUGCUUCACCAGUCUGCGCCUUCUGCGCCAGCACUACCAGAAGAGCCACCUGGACAGGAACCACAAGUGCCAGGAGUGCGGUGAAAAGUUCCUGCUGCAGCACCACCUGGAGAAACAUCAGUGCACGGAGCACAAGUGUCCCGUGUGCGAACUCACCUACAACAGCAAGGCUGGCCUGCGAACCCACAUGCGGCGCAAGAAUCAUUUGGUUCAGCAGGAGUCCGACAAGGUGGCCAUACCCUCGCUGGCCACCUGGAGGAAAUUGAAUCCUCCUCCCGCAGAGUUCAGUAUGUCUGCCACGGCUUUAGCGGCUCCAGACGAGUAUAUUGAACACAUCCCCUUCAGCUUGGAAGUUGCCACUGAACCACCAGCUGAACCUCCUCCUCUAGAGGGGGGAAAUGGGCCAGCGCCCGAAUUAUCUGCUCCAGAGGAGCAUAUUCUAUGUUUCCUGCCCAUUAUGGAUGUGCCCUUUGGACUGCAGCUGACAUCCGAGAAACUGGACAUGGAAACCCAAACAGAGGAAGAAGCUAUGAAUGACAUCAGAAACGAAGUUCUGGCACCUCUUUUGCGGGAUAUUGAAACUCAAACGCCGGACACCAGAGGCGAUAUAGGAACGAUGACCGAUGAUUUCCCGGAUGAACAGAAGCAAGUCGAACAGCUAGUCCCCUAUCCAGAUAUAGAAACUCAAACCCCCGACUCCAAAGACGAUAUAGGAACAAUGACCGAUGAUUUUCUAGAGAAACAAGCGCAAAUUGGACAGCCAGUUGCAGGCAACUUCCCUACUUAUCCAAAUAUAGAAACACAAACCACCGACACCAGAGGCGAUAUAGGAACUAUGACAGAUGAUUUUCCAGAGGAUCAAGAGCAAAUGGGACAGCUACCUCAAGGCGAUUUCCCUACAUAUUCACAUAUAGAACCCCAAACGACCGAAACCAGAGGCGACAUGGGAACGAUGACCGAUGAUUUUCCGGAAGAACAAGUGCAAAUUGGACAGCCAGUUCCAGUCGCAAGCGAUUUCCCCACCUAUCCCGAAAAUGAAGCCAUGUUUGGCUUGCAAACCUCCGCCCACAUGUACACUCAAACCUGUGAUGAACUGUUUGAGGAACUGGGACUGUCCCACAUCCAAACACAAACCCAUUGGCCGGAUGGUCUGUACAACACACAACAAACGCAGACUUGCGACGAAAUGCUGGAGGAAUUCUUCCUGGACAACUUUCAGUCGACCUGCACGCAAACCAGGUGGCUGGACUGGCAGGACAAUGGUGAAGGCGAAAGUUAGGGAAUUUAGAGUUUAUGUUUUUUUAUGUUUUCUGAAUACGAUGGCAGGACCAAGCAUCAAAGCUGUAAUAUUAUAACACCUAUUCGAAUUGGAAAGGAAUUGUUUCUUGCAAAGGACUUGAAGAAAAUUAAAAUUUCCUAUAUAUAUAUUAUAUUAUAU